CUGAAAGAGCCGGGCAUGCGUACACGGAGACCCUGCGCUUAUUUCCCCCGGAAGUGCUUUUUUUUUCUCCAUUGUGCGCGUGCGCAGAACAGUCGUGGCGGCGACGACCGAAAAGGAGAUUGUAGCGCGGCGACGGGUGUGGGUUCUGGUCUCUGGGCUGUCAGACUCCUGAGGCCCCCACCUAGCAGGAGAGCUGCAGUGGGACGAGGCAUCUCAGACUCAGCAUCCAGAGGUUCCUCCGGCAGUUGGUAGAGCCCCGCGGCCCCCGCUAUGGACUUCCAGCACCGCCCUGGGGGCAAGACCGGGAGUGGAGGCGUGGCCUCCUCCUCCGAGAGCAACCGGGACCGCCGGGAGCGCCUCCGGCAGCUGGCCCUGGAAACCAUUGACAUCAACAAGGACCCCUACUUCAUGAAGAACCACCUGGGCUCCUACGAGUGCAAGCUGUGCCUGACACUCCACAACAACGAGCUUUCUGUCUCGAGUCAAGAAGUCCCCAGGCCCUGCGCACCCGUCUUAACCGUGUGUGUCCUCUUCCGGCUACAGGGCAGCUACCUUGCGCACACCCAGGGAAAGAAGCACCAGACUAACCUGGCCCGGCGAGCAGCCAAGGAGGCCAAGGAGGCCCCGGCCCAGCCGGCGCCAGAGAAGGUCAAGGUGGAGGUGAAGAAGUUCGUGAAGAUCGGCCGCCCUGGCUACAAAGUGACCAAGCAGAGGGACACGGAGAUGGGCCAGCAGAGCCUCCUCUUCCAGAUCGACUACCCCGAGAUCGCCGAGGGCAUCAUGCCCCGCCACCGCUUCAUGUCUGCCUACGAGCAGAGGAUUGAGCCCCCGGACCGGCGCUGGCAGUACCUGCUGAUGGCCGCCGAGCCGUACGAGACCAUCGCCUUCAAGGUCCCCAGCAGGGAGAUCGACAAGGCCGAGGGCAGGUUCUGGACACACUGGAACCGGGAGACGAAGCAGUUCUUCCUCCAGUUCCACUUCAAGAUGGAGAAGCCGCCGGCCCCUCCGAGCCUCCCCGCCGGGCCCCCGGGGGUGAAGCGGCCCCCACCCCCACUGAUGAAUGGUCUGCCCCCGAGGCCCCCGCUGCCCGAGGCCCUGCCCCCACCCCCGCCAGGGGGCAUGCCUCUGCCUCCCAUGCCGCCCAGUGGGCCUGCACCCUCGGGGCCCCCGGGCCCUCCCCAGCUGCCCCCCCCAGCACCCGGGGUCCACCCCCCAGCCCCCGUGGGCCACCCACCCACAUCUGGGGUCCACCCCCCAGCUCCCGGGGUCCAUCCCCCUGCUCCCGGGGUCCACCCCCCAGCUCCUGUGGGUCACCCACCCACAUCUGGGGUCCACCCCCCUGCUCCGGGGGUCCACCCUCCAACCCCGGGGGUCCACCCACCCGCUCCAGGGGUCCAUCCUCCACCAUCCGGGGUUCACCCCCAGGCCCCAGGGGUGCACCCACCAGCUCCUGCAGUUCACCCACAGGCCCCGGGGGUCCACCCUCCAGCUCCUGGGGUUCAUCCCCCAGCCCCAGGGAUCCACCCCCAGCCUCCUGGGGUUCACCCCCCACCUCCUGGGGUCCACCCAUCAGCCCCUGGAGUCCAUCCUCCAGCUCCUGGGGUCCACCCCCAGCCUCCUGGAGUUCACCCCUCAAAUCCUGGGGUACACCCCCCAACUCCUAUGCCCCCAAUGCUGAGACCCCCAUUGCCCUCCGAAGGCCCUGGGAACAUUCCCCCCCCUCCCCCAGCCAACUGAAAAGCUGCCGCCCUUCAGGGCAGGUCUGUGUGUGUUUUCCUGUAUUUGUCUGCUGAACCAAGUUUGGUGAUUCUGUACAGGGCUGGGCCGUGUCCCCAGAGCUCAUUAAACAGCACCCCAACACCUGGA